GCUCAAAUAUCCUAUUUAAUUUCAUUAUAUUAUUCAGAAAAUUUAAAACCCUAGAAUGCUCAGAACUCUCACUCUCCUUCCUCGUUUCCCAUCAUAUAUUUCCAAUUCCAGUUCUUGCUGUAGGGUUUUCAAGCGCAAGAUGAGUGCAAAGCCGGCGGCGCCGAUCUGUCCGAAGUUUGUUUCUUUGGAAGUUGGAGAAGAUCCUACCACGAGUCUUUUCAAAGAUUCAAGGUUCCGUGUGGUGUCAUAUAAUAUUUUGGCGCAGGUUUAUGUGAAGAGUUCUUACUUCCCACACUCACCAUCUUCAUCUCUCAAGUGGAAAGCUCGUUCUCAAGCGGUUCUCACAGACCUUAAAAAUUUAAAUGCUGACUUCCUCUGCAUCCAGGAAUUAGAUGAAUAUGAUACCUUUUACAAAAGCAACAUGGAGAGCCAUGGGUAUUCCUGUAUUUAUGUUCAAAGAGAUGGGCAGAAACGUGAUGGAUGUGGGAUCUUUUACAAGAGUAGAAGUGCAGAACUGGUCUUACAUGAAGAAAUACAUUACAAUGAUCUCGUGACCUCUGUUGAUUAUGAUACUAGCUCAGUUGAGACUGAGGAUAAUGAUACAAAGGAUCAGACGAGCAAAGCAACACCAGAAGUUUCAGUUAAGGCGACCAAUAAUAGUGAUCAUGGAGACCCUAAUGAUCCUCGUGUGAGACUGAAACGUGAUUGUGUGGGUGUGCUGGCAGCAUUUAAGCUUAGUAAUCCUUCUCAGCACCUCGUUGUUGUGGCGAGUACUCACAUUUAUUGGGAUCCAGAAUGGAUUGAUGUAAAGCUUGCUCAAGUGAAGUAUCUUCUGCUGAGACUUACUCAGUUCAAGGAACUUGUUUCAAACAAAUACUGUUGCACACCUUCAGUGAUUGUCACGGGUGAUUUUAAUUCUACUCCUGGUGACGAGGUUUACAGAUAUCUUGUAUCUGCAAAUGCUGCUGCCGAGUCUUCAGGAUCCCCAUAUAAACUCUGCAGCCUUUACGGUACAAAUGGAGGAGAACCACCAUUCACAAAUGUUACACCGGGGUUCACAGGAACUCUAGAUUACAUAUUCUUAUCAAGCAGGGGCUACUUGAAACCGGUCAGUCUACUGGAACUUCCAGGUCCAGAAUCAGCAGACAUUGUUGACGGACUUCCAAAUUUACAUCACCCGAGUGAUCAUCUGCCCAUUGGUGGUGAUUUUGAGGUCCUUAGGUUUUCAAGCUCGACUAAGUUGCAUGAGGUCGAAGAUGAUCUUGUCAAAUUGAAGAUCGAGGAACAGAAAGAUUAGACACUGCUCUGUCUGUCGUAUGAGCAUAGAGUUAUAUUUAUGAUUUCAUAGGUACCGUCAAUUAUUUUUUCGGAAAAAUUAAUAAGAAUAAUUAUAAAGCUGAGUAUUGACACAUUUUUGUAUCUGAGGGCCAAAGCCAAGUGUUUCCUUCAGAGAAUAUUAGUCUUCUGAGAUUUAUAUGCUGAGAAUUCUAAGGCUAGCUUAGUGCUCAGUGCUGGGGACGUACUUAUUGUUUCAUUUGAGGGUAGAGAAAAUAAACUUUUUUUUAGAGAUCUUAACAAAUUAUUGUUCAUUGGCAGACAAGGGGUAAAUGAAUUCAUUAGAACGUUUCUGGUUGUAUGAUUUUACUGGUGCUGAUGAUUCAACUCCCUGAAGGCAAAAUAAUGAGGUCCCACUUAACAAAGCGUGAGCUCCUGAACUUUUUUUUAAGAUAAACCAUAGGCAGAAAAUUAUAUACCUACUUUUGACAUUCUCAAAUGCAUGCGAACGCAGUUACAAGGCCCACACAACAAUGGAAUAUUUUAGAUGCUACCAUAGACCACUAAGCUACACCCUUCACAACACUGCAACUCACAAUACUACGCCACCACCGGGAUAGAGAAGUAGGGUUCAACACCCUCGGCAGCGUUCACAUACUCAUCGCUGACGUGCCACUUCUGAAACUGCCGAGCUUUCUUCAUCAAAUACAGGGCAGAGGAAGCCAGGCCUUUCAAGCACACCAUGCUCCUUUUCCUCGCUUUGCUUCGCUCGACACCCCUCCUCUUGGCCCCAGAGGCCUCUGGAGGCAAAUGCGAGCGUCGGCCACUGGGGGGUAGCAACGUGAUUUUGUCG